UAAAUAAAUCCUGAUUGGUCUCUGUGUUUUCCUACGCAGCAUAUAUAGUUGUACUUGUGAGUUUCUGUGUAUUUAAAGCAAUAGAACUAUCAAGUAAAUUGUAUACGACUUUGCAGAAGAGAAGACGUCCACAAUGAGUUCAGGUGACAGGUCUUCCACUGGUAACGUCUGGAUUGAUACCUUCAAUGAGCUGAUUGAUGAGGAACUGGACUAUACUGACAGGUGGUCUCUGAAUUUCAACUACAAAAUCACUGAUACGCUGAGCAGGGAGAAGAAAAAAGAAGGCUGGAAGAUUUCCAGUAGACAUGUCUAUGCCAGUUUUUGUUGCUCAAAAUGCCAUCAUCAGUGGAAUUCAGCUCGUGUACUGGUCAUUUUUCACUACAGACUACGGGAAAAAACUGAACGAGGACAUGUAAUUAUGCGCCCUUUUCGUCAGGUAUGUGAUGCUUGCAAGUCUAAUGGGGAGCACUAUGAAAUUCCAAGGUUUUCAGAAGACAAAGUGGAAGAAAUACUGCUAGGAUUACUCAGCAAAAUCAAGAAAAACUGUUAUGGAGAAGACUAUCUUGAUGAUGGCAUUGAUUCAAGUCGUUCCAAAGUGUACAGGACCAAGCCACACAAGAGCUCCUUAUGUGAAGCCUGCAGAGAUGGCAUCUGCUGUCAGGAUGAUUAUAAAGAUGACUAGACUGCCCAGGAGAAGGAGUUAUCUGCCUGUUUGCUGACAUUCUGUUCACUCAUUCUCUAAUGCUAGCCAGCAGUGGAGAGUGUGAUUAGAUGGAUUCAACUGACCUUUGCUGGGGCCCAACAACAGCAUGGCAGAACUUGUCAACAGCCCUUGGCUCAUAUAUAGGGGAAGGACUGAAGUUUAAGAAGUUAAUUAGCCUGUAAAAAUCUUGGAGUAAUAUUUCGAGUGGUACCUAUGAAUUCUAUGACUGUAAUACAUGCUUAUUUAUACACAAUUUACAUGCAAGAAACUGUCAUUCAUCCUGAAUUUGAUUUAUUAGUCAGCUUUGUGAGAAUUGUAAAUCUCAGAACUAAGUGCAUGCUGUCUGCUGUUUAAGCUAAAUCUUUGGACCAAUGAUUUCCACAACAUCUUUAAGGUAUUUGUAGGUGCAGAGUAAACAACACCUUAUUCAGACACAAACAUGAGAAUGAACGUUACUUUGUUUUUAAUAUUUGUUAAACUGUACCUAACGGACCAUCGAGUGGGACUUACAUAGAUGUGCUACUGGAGUGGAAUGUAAAGUGAAAUGGCAUCACACAUCACAGUCUUCAGGCCCAGAAAAGAUAAACUCACUGCUUUCAUCACUACUAUCUCUGACAUUAAAAAGUGUAGUAUAAAUAACCAAAUUAUUAAUAUUUUUAUGUUUUAUAAAAUGAGUGGGUAACUGUUUUACAUUUUAUUGUUUGAUCAA